AUGGCUCGUAGUAACCAGGAGAUCGGAAUGCUGCCACGUCUCCUCGUGCGCUUGGGUGUGGCUGAAGCGCGAGUCGAAGCGAGAGCCACACGUCGAACAGCAUCUCGCCCCACGGUCCAGAUGCUGGGUAAAUAUCCGCAUGACACGAAGGCGUUCACGCAGGGCUUCACAGUGGUAAAUCGCGGCCAUGAUAAGAUUUUCAUUGAGUCUACUGGUUUGAACGGAGAAUCGACUUUGCGUCAUGUGGAAAUUGAAACCGGAAAGGUGCUGAAGCAGUACGAUCUACCACAAAACCUCUUUGGUGAGGGCGUGACAAUCGGCCCGAACAACGAAUUGGUUAUGCUGACGUGGAAGAGCAAAACCGGUCUCUUCAAGUUUGAUACUGUGACGGGUGAAGGCUGGGGCAUCACUUUCGAUGGCGAAGACUACGCGGUCUCCGAUGGCUCAUCGACUAUCAUGUUCUGGGACGCAAAGACAAUGAAGGAGGUCGGGCAUAUUGACGUGUCGAUGUACAACGGCGCACAGAAGAUUUCCCAGAUCAACGAGCUUGAGUAUGCUAAAGGAUUCAUCUACGCAAACGUGUGGUACCAGCCUUACAUCCUGAAGAUCGACCCCGAGACUGGCGGCAUUGUCACUAUGUUCGACCUGUCCAAACUGGUCGCCGACGCUGGCGUUGAUGUGUCUUCUGGCGCUGUGCUCAACGGAAUCGCUUACGACGAAACAGAGGACGUGUUCUACCUCACGGGCAAGCUCUGGGGUUUUGUCUACAAGGUUCGUCUGAUAGACCCCGUGCAAUAG